AUGAGCGUGCCCCACUGUGCUGAUGCCCGUCUGUCCCUUGUGUGCCUGGCAGGAAUCGUGGUCCAAGCACAGGACAACGGGUGGAUGGACGAGAGCGCUGUGCAGACAUGGCUGUCCAAGGAGGUGCUGCCCCAUCUGAACCCCCAGCGCGGCCAGAACGCGAGGCGUGCGAUGCUGGUUUUGGACUCCUACCGUGCUCACAUCACCCAGACCAUGCUUCAGUCGUACCGCACGCACAGCAUCACCCCUGCAGUCAUCCCAGCGGGUUGGAACCUGCGGAGGCCUCCGCACCCCGUGGUGCUACAGUGGAUCGCGGAGGCUUGGGAUCAAGUCCCCAAGCAGAUCAUCAUUGACGCGUUCCGCCACUGCGACAACACGCGCCUGCUCGGUCGGGCUCCAGAGGAGGAGGAGGAGGAGGAGGAGGCGAUGCAGGUGGAGGGCGUGUGGGAGGUGGUCGUGGCAACCGGCCUGGAGGUGCUGUACCAGGAGGCCCCCAACUACCGCGGAGUGGCGGUCAAGGCUGACCGCAUGAUCAAGCCUAGGGAGAUGGCUAGGCAUGCCUGGCGAGUGCCAGACAUGGGUGUAGAGCUUGUUGUUAGUGCAGGUGAGGAGGCGGUGACUGAGGGGGGUUAG